UCCGGGAAUGGUUUCGUUACUAACAUGCUUGUUAUUGUUCGUUGUUUCGGACACAACAUUCGGAAAACGAGAACUUAAAUUGGUCACUGUGCUCUAUCGUCACGGCGACCGGUCUCCAGUCAAGGCGUACCCUAAAGAUCCCUAUCAGGAGAAUGCUUGGCCCCAGGGCUUUGGACAGCUCUCUCAGGAGGGGAUGAGGCAGCACUUUGAGCUGGGAAAGAUGUUGCGGGAACGUUACAAAGGAUUUCUCAGUGAAACCUACAACCGCAGUGAGAUUUCUGUGCGGAGCACAGAUUAUGACCGUACCUUGAUGAGUGCUGAAUCAAACCUGGCCGGCCUGUACCCUCCUCACGGCUCGCAGGUCUUUGACCCGAGUCUGAAAUGGCAACCGAUCCCUGUCCACACGGUUCCUCAGGAAGACGAGAGGCUGCUGUCAUUCCCUCUGGAUGGCUGCCCUCGUUACAAAGCUCUUAUGAAUGAGACCGAGUACACUGGCAUAUUCCUCAACAUGACAGAGACGUAUAAAGAUUUUCUGGAGAUGGUGAGGAAUGAAACAGGCCUGGAGAACGCUAGCAUUGAGUCAAUCUGGAGUGUGCAUGACACACUCUUCUGCGAGUCGAAGCACAAUAUGACCCUGCCUAAGUGGGUGACCUCUGAGGUGACGAAGAAGCUGGGGAUACUGAAAAACUUUGGCUUUCAAAUCAUGUUUGGAGUUUAUAAGAGAGAGGAGAAAUGUCGGCUACAGGGAGGUCUCCUGCUGGAUCAGAUAUUGAAAAACAUGUCAGCGGUUGCUAAGCCGGACUGUCAGGGGCCGCUGAAGAUGAUUGUGUAUUCUGCGCAUGACACUACCGUAGUUGCCCUGCAGGAGGCGCUCAAUGUCUUUAACGGAUUACAGCCCCCGUACGCAUCCUGCCAUAUAUUUGAGCUUUACAAGGAGGAGAAUGGGUCCUUCUCAGUGGCCAUGUUCUACCGCAACGAUAGCACGAGAGACCCCUACCAGCUAACCCUUCCUGGCUGUGAGCUCUACUGCCCCCUGCAGGAUUUUAUCACACUCACCAAGUCAGUCAUUCCAGUGGACUGGGAGAAAGAAUGCCAGCUGGACAUCAAUGUAAAGGACAAAGAGGUCAUAAUCGGGCUGGCUGUAUGCGGCUCUCUGCUCUUCGUCCUCGUGAUUCUCCUCUUCACGGUGCUGUGUCGACAGAGAGACCCCGUCCACGGGUACAGUCACGUCAUUAACGAGGCGGAUGAUCACUCCUGACAGUCGUACCAACUCCUCCGUAAAGAGGAGGCGUGGGACAGUGAGGAGGACCUGUAAUCCUCCUGCCAAAGGACCAUCAGCUGUGAGGCGCUCAGACCAGCAUCAGUGCCAACCUUGACUUACUUAUGAGAAAAAAAACAAAAAAAAAAACAACACGAGUUUAUCUGUCAGUGUUAUACAAAAAAACAAACAAACAUGACAAUGGUUUAUGAUUGGUUUGGGCUGGUCUGUCCAUAAUUACACCAGCUUGUGAUUUGGUAAUUGCCUUAGAGCACUCAGACACCAGCGUGUGACAAAACAGGAAUAAGCACACACAUCCCACCGAGGUGAAAAUGAGGUUUUAUGGGUUUUGGUGUGAGUGAUUUUUACAGUAAAUCUCUAAUUAACUGUGCUGUGCAGCCUGUGGGCAGAGGGUUGUUUUUUUUUUUUAACAUGGUUUGUAUGUGUGUUUUUUGUUUUGUUUUGUUUUUUUUGCUCGUAGCAUUACUGAUGAACCGAUUGAGCCUCAGCCACGAGGUCUGAGCAUGACCGAGUGUUUUCCUCUAGAGCAAUGUUCCAAGUCCGCCGCUGAACGCAGUACCGUCACGCGGCUUGCUUCUCGCGUUGCUGAAGCAGCAGAUGCAAAUCCUGACACUGAUUUACAGAUCAACUCCCUUUUCUCCUCCAGGUUGGGGACCUUAUCGUCUGUCGUGUCAGACACACGUCAGGCUGGUUAUUUCUACACUACUCACAUCUGUCUCAGCUUCUGCACUUUAAGGGUUGUAGGGUACAUACAAAUGAUAAAAAAUACACCUGAUCACAAUAUUCUAAAUAAAACAAAAACAACAACACCAGCAGGCCCAGUCUUCUGAGAAUAAGGGAUCAAAUUUAUACGUUUCCAUUUUUCACGUUUUGUUCUAAUCUCACAUUACACUGUUUACUGGAAUAUAUAUGUAUGAGAUUUUUUUUUUAUUUUUUUAAUUUCAAAACGUAAAUUAUGAUCAUUCACAGAAGUCUGAGCAAACUGUGAGUCUGACUCUCAUUACAAAAGAAAAGUUGGUGGUAGAAUGUGUAGAAGGGAACGUGAAUAAUCCAGAUCAUUCAGUGAAACACUGACCUAAACAGUGUGGUGAUGUAAGAUUGUUUUAAAUUGUACACUUCAAUAUUUUAGUAGGCUUUCUUUGUCUCGAAUAGUGAGAUGUUUCAUUUAACAACAACAACAACAACAACAAAAGUGUCUUAUGUGCUCAGGCCUUAAAAUGCAGAUUGUCGCUGUUUGACAAACAACUACUUGAAUUUCACUGUAACAAACAUUGUGUUCAGGCUAAUCUAAUGCUCCAGAUGUUGCUAUAGAAUCGUGAAUAAAAUGAGUCUGUUAGCGGUUUAGGAUACAAUUAAGUAUUUUCACCUGUUCAAAAUGUGCACUUGUUAUUUUUCCCAUGAAGAAAUCAGUUGUGAAAUAAAAAACAAAACCUCAUUUUUUUUAAA